AUGAAGUUAUUUUAUGUGUGGGUUUCACUUGCGUUCUUAGGGUCAACAAUUGUCACAGGUCGACCCGCCAAUUCCAACGAUUAUCUCACUACGUCAUCUAGCGACUCGGAUUCCAGUGAAUCUGAAAGUGAAUUGGACGGAUUGAGUGAUUUAGAAGAUGCAAGUGACGCAGAAUUUGAUGAUAUAUACAAUGUAGAAGAUUUGACUAGUAAUGUAGAUGGUAAUUUAGCCAAGUUUGGUCAUUUUGAUGGUAAAGAUACAAAAAAUGAGGAUACUAGUGCCUCAUUGGAUUUAAAUAAGUGGAAUAAUUCUAGCAGGAAAAAGAGUGGGAAUAAAGUUAAAUUUUCCUCCAAUAAGAGCAAAUCGACAACAAAAAAAAAACGAAAAAAAACCUACAGUACAAAUGAAAAUGGUAAUAAACUCAAAUUUGAAGAUAAAAAACACGUUGAACAUAAAAAAUUGUCUUCCAAAAAGAAAUUAAAGCAGCAACAACUAAAUGAACAACACGGGAUCAAACCCAUAAAUGCAUCUAAUGACACUGACAUGAAACAUGGAUUAAAAUCUGGCAAAUCAUCGUCCAAACAUGGCAUUAAAGCCCACACUUUUGAUAGCCAAACACAUAUCAUUACCAAUCAAAUUGGAACAGACCAAAUCCAAUUGAGAGACAGCGAGAUUGAAAAUAAGGUCUACAAGAAGCUAGUCGCUGAGUUAAACAAGACUCCAGACCUAGAUAUAGCGGGUAUAUCAGAGUCAAUAAGAUAUUUAGGUAGUGGUUAUGAUAUCAUAUUUGGUAAUCCAAUAGGAGAUCCGCUUAUGAUGGUAGAUCCUGGAUAUAGGAAUCCCAUCAUCCAACUAGAAUGGGAUAAACAUAGCACUUUUGCUCAUAAUAACUCACUGCCACAACCAGUAGAUGGAUGGGUCAGGCCAGAGAUAUCAUGUAAACAAGCAGAAAAAGUUGACCAUGUGAAUACACUUGAGGAUUAUAAGAAAGAAUUGUCGGUAGAUGCUGUAGCUUCAUCUGACUUCCUUAAUUUUUUCGCUUUUUCAGCCUCUGGUGGAUACAAAAAUUUCGCGAAAUUAGUUACACAAGAAAAAACUAGGAGCUUCAUCCUAAAGACAUACUGUCUUAGAUAUAUAGCUGGAUUAGAAGUUUCGACAAAUUUGAAGCUUACACCUGCUUUCAAAAACGCCGUAGAUAAACUUCCAGUUAUAUUUGAUGGAUUUGAAGAAUAUAGUUCAUGUCCCAUUGAAAAGUACAAAGCAAAUGAAAGUGACACUGACUGUGAAUCUAAUGUCCGUCCAUGGAUGGAUUUUUUUAAGGAAUUCGGUACACAUUUCACUUCGGUAGUGCAUCUUGGUGGUAAAAUGACCUAUCAAGUGCAAAUGAAACAAUCAGAUAUCAACAAAUUGCAGGAACAGGGUGUAAAUGUGGACGCGGCAAUCAAAGCUACUUGUGGGUUUGGUAUGCCAAAUAUAUCCGGUAAAAUUUCUACAAAAGGCGAAAGCACCAGUAUAAGCAAAAUGUCUGAUUACAAAGUAGAAAAGAUGAUAAUGGUCAUUGGCGGUGAACCUCCCAAAGAUCUUAACGAUAGCUCCAACCUAAAUAACUGGGCAAAGAGUGUUGCAAAAUCUCCAAUGCCCAUAAAAUCCGAACUUAUCCCAAUACGUGAACUAUUUGAUUUGCAUGAAUUACAGCAAUCGUACAAUCAAGCUAUAAAGUACUAUUCGGAGGUUUACGGGAUCUCACAGAACGAUAUGUACGAAAUAAAGGGGAAGAUCAAGGGAAUCCCAGAAAUAAUAAAGGAAGCACAGCAGGUAACUUAUGACGGUCCUGCCCCGGGCCGUGUGGUCUGUCCUAUUGGUACAACCAUUCUAUUCGGGUUUUCAAUGACCAUCACAAAGAAGAAGAAGGCCCUGGAUUUCUUGAAGAAUACCUCUUAUAAUGUAAAUAUAGUACCAUGUGUAGUGGGUAAUGAAAAGUGCAGUGGUACAGCUCAAAGCGAUUCCAUUGUUAAAAUUUGGGCUUUAUGUAGCCCGCAUCCAGCGCCAUUGCUUGUUCAAGUAUCUUCACAUAAGAACAAUGGACCUGCAACAGUUGAGUGUCCUAAGGGUUUUGUCAUAGGAAUGGGCUUUGGCAUAACCUUUCCAAAAGGACUGCCAAUUAUGCCUCAAGAUAUCUAUCCAUGUCGAAAUGGGCAAACCAGCUGUACAAAGAUACCAGACAAGGAUGGUUCGACGACCGUAUGGGCAGUUUGUUUCGAAAGUGGCGCCAUUGAAGUCGAUAACCUGACAAACAACGCGAAAGCUGGGUCCAGCGCCAGUUGCGAGGCACAUGAUCAUAUUACAUCCGGGCUUGUUAAUACAUGCCCGGAUGAUUACGAGGUGCUGUGCGGGUUUUCAAUGGCGCUUACAAGAAAGAAUUCGCACACAGAUGAUCAUUUCAAGGCUUGCCGCGGCGGUAAGAGUUGUGCCAUUGAUAAACACAAGCGCCACGAUAAUGAAUGUAUUGCAUAUGCAUCUUGGAAUGUAUGCAGUCUUGUGGUCCCAGGGCACAAAGAUACGGUACACCCCGCCCGGGCAAAUGUAACUUUGGAUAGAACCAAGACAGCCAACGGUAUUGAGCCUAUUGGUAAGAACUAG